UUCAGGCGGGCGGGCGCACGGGACAUUUCUGCCGCGCUUUCCGCGCUGAUAGUGCUCGCCCGGCUGUUGCACCCUUUCCAAAUAAGUCCGCGUGCUGGAAAGUGGACUCCGUCACUGCCGACUCCCAAAGGACGACCCUUCCGUGGUUUUCUCAGAAGGUUUUUGCACGUCAGAGGGACACAAAGAAGCGGUUCCCCAAGGAUUUACCCUUCAGAAGACGCUCUGACGCAAGGCUGUGGAGUUGCUGUGCACGUCUGACCAUUACUUUGUCUGCAGUGUGUGUGAACCAACCAACCAGUUACAAUGGAUUAUGCGCUGGGUGCGAUGGCCCACAAGGACUACGUGGCGAUGUACGAGUUCAUGUACAGCCUGCUGACGGAGAAGAUGGAGAAGACGUACAAGGAGGUUCAGGACGGGACCUACACGGAGGCGGGCAUCCUGCUAGGGACCGACAUGGGCCGUGUGCUGUACUACCUGCCCGACUGCGUGCGGGACGACGUGCGGAGGACCAUCAACGACAAGCACUUCCGCACGCGCUACUACCAGCACAAGACCAACAGGCCCAUGCUAGAGUACCUCGAGGGCGUCGAGCGGGGAAUAGAAACUGUCCUGGCGUCCGCGGUAGGCUAACGUUGUCAAGAGAAAAAACAACAUGACAGACGAAAA